AUGAAGGGUACAGGCGACAGCGCUAAAAUACGGGUCGUCUUCAACGGCUCUUCGCGCACAAACUCCGGAACCUCUUUGAACAAUUGGCUUCGCGCGGGUCCGAACUUGCUUCCUGCAUUGUCGGACGUGCUCACUCGGUGGCGGCAUCACCGCUUCGUACUCGCCACCGACAUUGAAAAGAUGUACCGGCAAAUCUCGGUACACCCGGAGGACCGGGACCUCCAGCGGAUCCUGUGGGGCAUGGAGGAAAUCACCGAGCAUCAGCUCAACACAGUGACGUAUGGACUUGCCUGUGCGCCAUUCUUGGCGAUUCGAGUCCUGCAUCAACUGGCAGACGACGAGGGAGACAGAUUCCCUCUGGGCGCUGAGGCUGUGCGUUGUGACACGUACGUGGAUGACAUACUCUCGGACGCGCCCACACUUGCGGGGGCACAGCGGUUACGGGAGCAGCUGACGUGGCUGUGCACGGCGGGCGGCUUCCCGCUGCGCAAGUGGUCUGCGAACCAUGACCAAAUACUUCAAGGCGUUCCAAGAGAGCACUGCAGCCAAGGGGCGACCGAUACAAUACUGCCUUCUGCGGCCCAAUCCAUCCUCGGCCUGCGAUGGGAUCACGAGAUCGACUGCUUCGCACCCACGGUGCGCACCAUGCCACCAGGCCAAGAAACGAAGCGGUCCCUACUCUCUGGAACGGCCCGCCUGUUCGAUCCGUUGGGGUGGCUGGCUCCCGUCACCGUGCGGGCCAAAUUAUUGAUUCAGGCGACGUGGCUCCAGCAGCUCGACUGGGACGCCCCUCUGGCCGAAGAGGAGAGCACUGCCUGGGCGAGGAUGAAGGACGAGCUCCCCCUCUUGGAGGGGAUUCGCGUGCCUCGCUGGAUGCAAAGCGACCAGCCGGGAGCCUCCGUCGAGGUGCACGGCUUCUCUGACGCGUCCGAGCGAGCCUACGCCGCGGUCGUGCAUCUGCGGACGACGUGCGCGGAGAGCGAGCGCACGUCUUUGGUGCUGGCCAAGACCAGGGUCGCCCCAUUACGCCGCGUCUCGCUUCCGCGAUUGAAGCUCUGCGCUGCCGCGCUCCUUGCCAAGUUGGUCGCGCACACGCGGGCCACUCUGACCUUGACGCGGGCCCCGACGUUCAUGUGGACGGAUUCGACAGUAGUGCUCGGAUGGAUCCGGGGUCCACCCCGCCAGGUGGACAACCUUCGUCGCCAACAGGGUCGCCGAGGUGCAUCGCCUGGUGACGGAUGCCCGGUGGCGGCACGUGCCCGGACGAGACAAUCCGGCGGACUGUGCAUCCAGGGGGUGUCGCCGCGAGAGCUGCUCUCACACCCGCUCUGGUGGCAGGGACCCGGCUUCCUUCGCCAGGAGAGUUCGUCCUGGGGAGCCGGAGGUUGCGGCGAUCGCGGACCUCCCGGAGCAACGGACGAUCCAGCACACCGCCGCGACUGA